UUCUAACACCAACACCAACUGGUAACAACGAUCCUGCGUUAACCAGUCAUUCCGAUUAUCCCUGUUACAACACUUACAUGCGACGUGCUAAUUUACCAAAUCCGAUAACGGAUAUACGAGUGCCAGAUGAAAAAGUAUAUGAAGAAUGUUUAGAUAUACCAAAGAAAUAUGCUAUAUUACAAGCUGUAGGGUCAGAUCAUGCAAAUUAUAGCGCGGCAAAGAGUAGAUAUCAAGCUUACGAGACAUGGUUAAAAACUGGAAAGUUGGUCGGAACUAAUAAUAAUGUAAAUUCUACAAAAUCCAAAAAUGUCGGGGGAGGCGAGAAGG